UGUGUUUCUCUUUUAAUUGUGACAGCAAAUAUUGUUAAAAAGAAGAUGGCGUCUUCCAGAACACAGGAAACAAGUGAAAUCAAACCACCUCAGAAAUAUCUCAAAGAAAGUAUCCUUUUAGAAAGGGGUGAACCUUCUGUUUAUGCAUUAAAACUGAAAAAGGCAUCUGAAACGUCUCCUAAGUACCAUCUAGGAAAAGAGAACUUGCAGAUCGCCAACAAAGUGAUCAUGAUGAUGGGAGCUUCUGGAUCAGGGAAAACCACUCUCAUCAAUGGGAUGAUCAACUACAUUCUGGGCGUGCAAUGGGCAGAUGAAUUCCGGUUCAAACUUAUUGAUGAAGUGACAGGCAGAAACCAAACUGAAAGCCAGACAUCAGAAGUGAUGGCCUAUGUGGUCAACUAUCAAAAGGGUCUCAAGAUCCCUUGCUCCCUCACUUUUGUUGACACUCCAGGAUUCGGAGACACGAGAGGAAUAGAGCAGGACAAAAAGUUAGUGGAGAAGAUCCGAGAGUUUUUCUCCAUCCCAGGAGGAAUCAACCACAUCGAUUGUGUUUGCUUUGUGGUCAAGGCCUCCACAAACCGCAUAACAGCAACCCAAAAAUACGUUUUUGAUUCUGUGCUCUCCAUCUUUGGGAAAGAUAUCAAGGAGAACAUUCAGUUCCUGAUCACCUUUGCAGAUUCACAGCCUCCCCUGGUCCUCGAGGCCAUUAAGACGGCCGACGUUCCAUGCGCCAAAGAUGCCAGAGGGAACCCCGUGCAUUUCAAAUUCAACAAUUCCGCCCUGUUUGCCAACAAUGCCAUGGGGGACGGGGAGAGCCCUAACUUUGAUGAAAUGUUUUGGAAAAUGGGAAUGAUCAGCAUGAAGACCUACUUUGACUCGCUAAGCAAACUGAACGCGAGGAGUUUGUCUUUGACGAAGGAAGUGCUCAAGGAGCGGAAAGAGUUGGAGGUGGUUGUGCAGGGCCUGCUGCCCCAGAUCAAAACCGGGCUGGUCAAACUGGAAGAACUGAAGGAAACGGAACAAGCCCUGGACCAGCACAAAGCGGACAUGGCGGCCAACAGAGAUUUUGAGUAUGAGGUCCUAGUCACUGUCAAAGUGCAGCAAGACCUCUCUGGACUUCAACAGUAUGCAACCAACUGCAAGACCUGCGAGUUCACCUGCCACUAUCCUUGCUGGGGUACUGGGGACCUGCUGAACCGCUUUUGCUCCGCUAUCGAUUUCUUCUCAGGAAAAUGCAGCGUUUGUCCCGGCAAGUGCUCAGCCAGCGACCACCGCAACCAGGAUUACCAAUUUAAGGAUGAAAUAAGGAAAGAGAAGAAGACCUAUGCGGAGCUGAAGAAAAAGUACGAACAUGCCUGCCAUGAGUUGGGGACAGCGGGAGAGCUGCUUCAGCACCUCAGCCAGGAGUACAUCGAGGUGAGAGAGAAUCUGUUUGCAAACAUCCAGAGAGCAUCUCAAAGCCUGCGGCGCCUGCAGGAAAUUGCCCUGAAGCCCAACCCGCUCUCCACCCCAGAAUACAUCGACAUGCUCAUUGCGUCCGAAGAGGAGGAACGCAAGCUUGGAUAUCAGAAAAGGAUCCAGUUGCUCAAGGACGUGAAGAGAGAAGCAGAGAUCAUACAGAAGAUUGUGAAUAAUGAGGCUCUACUGCCAGAGGAGGAGGAGAUGAUGAGCGAACUGAAGAAGGACAGAAGAAAAUUCCACUUGAUAUCCAGAUAUUGGAAGAUAAGGGCGAUGAAUAGUCUCCCUAAAUGAAGGGGCAACACAACAGCUCCUGUUUAGCCUUAGAUCUC